AUGAUAGCACCAAUUUCUUCCAGUAUGUUAGUUACUCACGGAGCAGCAAAUACUCUUUCAAUGGAUAGUGGCCUAAAUGCUCCAUCUUCUACAGGGUCAUUAUCAGGGUCAGGAACAGGAAUCCUCACUGUAUUUAUAGCAGAACCUAUAAUAGGCAACGCUUGCAGAUGCGCAUCACAAUCUACCCCAUUAAGAGCAAUUAUAAACCCUGCGACGAUUACUUCUGAUACCUGUACACUAGACAAACUCUUUGCUCAAGGCUCAGACUCAGUCGAUUCCACCCUCACUUUUAAAUUUACAACUGUAAAUCCUAUUCCUGCAGGCGGAAAAAUUAUUAUUACUCUAGCUUCAGGUUCCUGGAAUUUGCCAUCGACGCCUCCUCUUAAAAGCACAUGCCAAGGAGUUGGGUUUUCUGAUCAAUCCAAAACUCUCCAACAAUUAUGUUCUGCAUCAGGAACAACAGUCACUUUGAGUCAAUUUUCUCAGAUUGCUGCAGGUUCAGUCACUGUAAAGCUGUACCAUGUAAUCCCAAUCUCCACAGCUGCAGGCUCAAUAAAUUGCUUUACAGCUGUAAGUACUUAUGAUGCAAAUGGCAAUUUUAUAGAUUCUGCAUCUAGCAACUUAACUAACUCUGUCACUGUAGCAGUUUCAACUGCAGCAGGUACCACAAGCACCAAUUCUUUUCUUUCUAAACCAUAUCCAAAUGGCUAG